AUGGAUCAUCGUCGUGGAGGACGCGGUGGUCGACACUAUCGAGGUCGUCGCGGAGGACGGGGCGGAAGAUUCCGUCAUCAGCCGUACAACUCUAGAGGCCCUCCUCGUCGAGGAGGACGUGGACACAGCAGUAACCGUGUUGGCGGGGGGCCCAACCAAUUGGAUCCCGACACAAUUUUGGUGCGACAAGUGGCUUCCUUUAUCAGUCGAGCGGGAGAACUCAAGAAUCUAAAGCCUUCAGUCAACGCAGAAAUGCGCCCCGUCGAGUCUACCACAGCCAACAACAUUAACGACUUGACGCCCGUUUUGUGUGCUCAAGAUAAGGUGGAAAUGCUCUGCAAGUUUCAGCCACCCGGAACACAGGCAGCCAAACCCAUAGAUCUAGCUGGAAAGUUGGGACACCUGGUAGUUAGUUGUGCGGCUGGAUUGCCGUUACAGACUCCCUGUUAUGCGGCCCUCACUCUAUCAAUCCACGAACAACUCAAGGGAGGCCCCUAUCAAGGAUUUGCGAAACGAUGUGUCGAUUAUGCCAUGCGUAAUAUUGGCCGCGACUUGGAUGUCAUUUUGUUGCUUGGAAAGGAAAAGACCCAAGCGGGUUGCCGUGCUAAGUUGCUGCUGAGAUAUUUGGCAAUCUUGGGCAAAAUAGGAGUGGUAAAGACUUUUGAAAGUGAACCAUCUGUCGAUCCCAACAAAAUGACAGUCUUUGACUUGCUUUGUCUGAUGGUAGAUUUAGCCAAGGCUGCCGCGGAGCAACACAGGAAUAUGGCCGCGGCAAGUGUGUUGGUCUUUCUCGUCUUGAGUACUCUGCCAUAUAUUGUCGGUUCGGUGCCGCCCGGUGCAAUUUCCGAAAAGCUCCUGACGCCCAUUGAAUCCUUCUUGAAAGCCUACAAAUCCACCUACUCACCAGGAGUAGGAAUGACUGCCGUUUUGCUCAAAGAAGAACAGGCAGAAGAAGACGACGAUGCGGAUGAAGACGACGAGGAAGAGGAGGACGACGAUGAUGACGAUGACACGACUGGGCAAGUGUGUGACAGUUUGCAGGACUUAUUCCGUUCAUGUAAAAAUCUUGGGCAGGAGGGUCAAUCAACUAGGUUCUGUCUGCCGAUUGAUGCACCUUGGAAGGGCCUUGUAAGAUCCAAUCCUGAAAACCCCGCCGAAACCCAACCGACUACAUUUGUGGAGGAAGCCUACUACCUAUCGUUACCCGAGUGCCACACAGUGUCUCAUUUGAUGCAAGGGGACUCACAAUUCAAGCUAGAAUGCUUUAAUCUGGAAGGCAUUGUCUUUGGAAGACUUCCUAUUUUUGGAUCCCCACCCGAUCCAGAGGAUGAAGAAGAUAUGGAAGACGAGGCAGCCAAGAGUGAACAAUUCAAGGCUUACGAAAAGGGAUUUGGAUUGAUGGAUCGCUAUUUCAUUGCUGAAACCAUCCGUGAUUGCUUGAUAAGUCAUGAAAGCAGUGUUACAGAUACUGGUCUGGAACACGGAGGGGCGAAAACGGCAGCCGAGGAGCUCAUCAGCGUAGCACACGUGUUCUCUGGAGAGAACCCAGCGCUUGGAUUUGAGUUUGCCAUUCUGGAAAACAUGUUGGCACUCAUCACGCAAGCAUCACAAGGCUCCUCGCUUCGCCAAACGUAUUUGUCUCGGGUCUUGUUGGAAUUGGUCCGCCUGGAUCCUGGUCGAUUCUCACCAACACUCGCCAUUGGCCUUGGAACCCUGUUCAAUGAUUACAUGCCAGCAUUGGUUCCCUCGGCCAGAGAAAACCUUAGUCGGUGGUUUUGCUUUCACCUUGUCAAUACCGAUUACCAAUGGCCAACAGCAUACUGGAAAAUAUACGAGUCGUAUGCUAUCAAGACAACAGCAUCGAGUCGUGGUACUUUUGUGCGAAGGGCUCUGAACCUAAUGGCCGAGAAUACAUCGGAUCCAUCCGAUAUCAUUUCGCGUUGCUUCUCCGAAACAAAGGGAUUGACCAAUGAGCUAGUAGGAAGAACGCGGCAUGCUCUCGUGGCCUACCCAGCCGACAGUCCUAUGGACGCACUAGAGAAGGAACUACGGAGCCGCAUCUGGGACAAGGAAGAGGAUCCGUCCUUGCUCGGCGAGUUCUUGAUGGGGGAUGAAGUCGCUUCAAAAGCUAAUGGGGGCAGUUGGUUCCGUACUGAAGUUUUGAUUAGAGUACUCAUGGAGCCAGCCAAGCAGGCAAAGGAAGCCAUGGUGGCUUCCUUGGAACCAUCUGGUGACGACGAAGACAAAAUGGACGAAGGUGAGGGAGCUGCCAAGGACUUCCAAGUGAUCAUUACGGAAGCUCUGAUUCGCUACAAACAAAUCCUGACCGGCGCCAUUGGCAAGGAUGCCGAAGCGAACGGAGGAGGCCAUGAAGACGCUGUUAUUUCCGGUGGAGCCGUGUUGUUGAACCAAGUGGAAAGCUUUGCUUCGUUUCACUCCGGCUUAUUGGAUGGUGUCGUCGCCUGCCUUGUUCGACAAAAGAUUAUUGGCUUUUUCUCUGUCUUGAAAUGGGCACUUUCCGAUACUGGCGAUGCACCUGUUACUGACUUGGUGUCACGAUGGUCGAGCUAUGCUACAUGUGCGGUAAGAGAAAGUGUUGUAGCCAUGGACGAAGAAAGCAAUCCCGCGGGUAUGACUAUUGACAGUGCAACUGCAGCUACAGAUGAAGCAUUCUGUGGCCAAGUGAUGACUAUGUUGUUCCAAGGAUUACAGUAUGCCAUCAAGCGUGUGGUUGCUCUACUUUCUACAUCCACAGAAAAGAAGCUCAAUCCGCUACAAGUUGAACUACUACAAGGCAUGAAGGACCUCACUAGCCGUAGCAAGUCAAUUCUGAUUACAUACUUGCAACAAGGAAAGGGUACGCGCAAAGGUGUGCUGCCAGACGCUAUUGAGGAAGCCUUUGUCAAACUGGACUUGAGCGGUCCUGCUCUCGCGCAAUUGUGCGAGGGACAACAACCAGCAGUUGCACUAUUACGAAAGAGUCUAGAAUCAUCGUAA